CACCGCACCAUACUCCCACCCACCCAUCCAUCUCAUUCCUUUCCUCUCCCUCCUUUCUCUUCCAUUUCCCUUCUCCUUCUUUCUCUCCCAAAAAAAUAAUCAUCAUUAUUAUUAAUAAUAUUAAUUAUUAAAAAAAAUAAAAUGUUAUUUUCAAUCCCAACAACAACGGCGAGCACCUUAUUAACCCUUCCUUCUCCUUCUUCUCAUUUCUCCUCCAAACUUAACGCCGCCGUUACUCCCAAACAAAUCCAACUCAAACUCUCCGUUAACCCCCCCUUAACGGCAUCAUCAUCAUCAUCAUCUCGCGGCGUCACGGACAAGCUCAACAAUCUCGCCUCCGAAUUCGCCUCGCUAACCGAACCCAUCGAUAGAGUAAAAAGGCUAUUACACUACGCAUCUCUCUUACCUCCGUUAGACAAGUCCGAGAGGGUUCCUGAGAACCGGGUAUUGGGCUGUUCAACGGAGGUUUGGAUGGUGGCCCACAUAGACGAAGGUAGGAAAAUGAGAUUUAAAGCGGACAGUGAUUCGGAAAUAUCGAAAGGUUUUUGUUGGUGUCUUGUUUGGAUGUUUGACGGCGCGGAACCUGAGGAAGUUCUUACGGUGGAGAGAGAUGAUUUGGUUGGUAUGAAUGUAGGGUUGAAUAAUGUUAAAGCACGUUCUAGGAUUAACACGUGGCAUAAUGUUUUUUUUGCCAUGCAAAAAGCUACUCAAGAUUUGAUUUGAUCAUUUAAUUGGUUAAUUUCUCGCACGUGUGGAGAUAGAUAGAUGCUAAGGUUAGCUAGGUUAAUUUAUUUUCACCAUUUGAUUUUUCUCCUUAGUAUAAUUAACCUUUCUUGUCUUGGUUGGGUGAUCAAUAGAUGUUAUGAUAGGGUAGGGAAGGGCCAAUUUAUAUAUGUUUACUCUAUUGAGAAAAUGUAUAGAAAAGUAGUUUAAGUUGUUUUUUUA